CUUAAAGCACAAGGGGUAGAUGCUGACCAAUAGGAGAGCAGGACCUUAUGGGGUGACUAGCAUCAGGAACCAAUGGGAGAGCGGGAGGAUGGUGGCGAGUUUACUCAGUUGGCGGCGCGGGAGUUUUAAAAUUGUUCUCGGUGGUCCGGGCGAAUCUCGGGACUUUACAGCAACAACCUUUCGUAUCUUGAAAACUUUUCGUAUGUAGAGCAGUAAAAUUUUUCGCAUUGGCUUUCGUAUCUUGAGUUUUUCGUAAGUAGAGCCUUUCGUAUCUCGAGGUACUACUGUACUAUUUCCUCACCUUGUAUUUAAGGUUGUUGAGUUUUUGGGAAGCUUGGGGGUACAUGUACCCAAAGUACCCGCCAGUUUUAUGUAUGGUUAUGGGUAUCAUAUGGUUUUUUAUUGUAGGUGAUGGUGUUGUGUUGUUUUAUCUGGUCUUCGCGGAGGGCAGGAGCAAAAUUAUUGAAUUUUUGUCAAUCAGUGGUGUACUUCCAUGGUUGCAAAAUCCGACCAUUAGUAGGGACGACCCUGGUCAUUACUGCCACAUCUCCGACAUGUGAUCAGAGCUCCGACCAUAGGCAGUAUCUAUCUGCAGCUGCUCUCUCACAAAGUAAAGAUGGAUGUUGCAGCUUAACGAAUUGACAAUAGUUAGCUCAGCAGUACCGGGUAUUCCCAAAAGUGGGUGGGACCUGUAUCACCUACAAAACCGAUGGCAGCGCUGCUGCUGCCACCAGGAAAUUUGAAUUUUCGACUGCCAGGAGCAGCUUUGAAAUGCUACGAAUGCAGUGAUAGCUGUAACAUUAUUGCUUGUGAUGGCAGCUGUGUGAACAUCAUCACCAGAAAAAAUGAUGAGGUGGUGGCACACCAAUCCCAUUGUUGGCCAGAAAAAGAAGAAAAAAAAUGUGUAACAAGUGACAUUAAAGGAGUUAUAACAGAAAAUUGUUACUGCAACACAGAUGGAUGCAAUGCUGGCUCCAUCACAAGCUUGUUUGGAUUGCUGCUUUUGGUGCCUCUUAUUAUUCAUUGUUGUUCAUUUUUUUGGCUGGUUUAAAUGUUUAGCAAACUAUAUAGGAUUUAUAUAGUUUCUUUCUUACCGCACUAAAAAGUAUCUGUGACACAUCUCGGAAAUUAUUUCUUCACUUUGACAUAAUUUUUGUACCAUUUUAAAUUAGCCGUUACAUGGAGGAUUAUAUAUAUGAAAAUGUGCGCAUUUUUAUGUAGAAUACAACAAAACAAUACUCAUGAUUGUAGCUUUUAUCAGUUUUGAGAUAUUUUCAUAUAAAUAACGAUAAGUGCCAAAAUUUCAACCUUUGGUCAACUUUGACUCUACCGAAAUGGUCGAAAAACGCAAUUGUAAGCUAAAACUCUUAUAUUUUAGUAAUAUUCAAUCAUUUACCUAAUUGUAUUAAAAUCACGCUGUGCAAAAAACGGUAAAAGCUAACGAGUUUCUUUUUUUUUUCGUUGUAUUGUACACUAAAUUGCAAUCAUUUUGAUAUAUAAUACAUUGUAAAACAAUAAAAGCAACACCGGAAAAAUAUUAUCACAAAAUGAUGUACGAAUUCGUAACACGCGGACGUAAAUUUUUUUUUUUUUUUUUCAAAAAUUCACCGUAAAUCUAAAUAUUGUUCUAGAGACUUCCAAUUUGUUUCAAAAUGAAUACAAAUUAUUAAAUAUUACGCUACUGUAAGAGUUUUAUCUUACAAUUGCGUUUUUCGACCAUUUCGGUAGAGUCAAAGUUGACCGAACGUGGUUUUUUUCUAUUUAUCGUGAUUUAUAUGCAAAUAUUUCGAAAAUGAGAAAAGCUACAACCUUCAAAUAUUUUUCCUUUUAUUUUACAUGAAAUUGCGCACAUUUUCAUAUAUAAAACUCUAUGAAAUUUCUAAUAUGAAAAGGAGCAAAUUUUCCGAGAAUUCGAUGUACGCAAUUCAGAGAUUUAUGGCGGAGAAUCCGCGCGCGGAGGGAAGGAAAGUUUUUUUUUAUAAAUUCACCAUAAAUCGAAAUAUUGUGCUAGAGACUUCCAAUUUGUUGCAAAAUGAAGGUAAAUGAUUGAAUAUUACAUAAAUAUUAGAGUUUUAGCUUACAAUUGCGUUUUUCGACCAUUUCGGUAGAGUCAAAGUUGACCGAACGUGGUUUUUUUUCUAUUUAUCGUGAUUUAUAUGCAAAUAUUUCGAAAAUGAGAAAAGCUACAACCUUCAAUUAUUUUUUGUUGUAUUCUACAUAAAAUUGCGCACAUUUUCAUAUAUAAAACUUAUGUAACGGCUAAUUUAAAAUGGUGCAAACAUUACCACAAUCGCACGUAUGAUUUUUUCGGAAGAGUUACCGCGCGGACGUAAGGAAAAUGUUAUUUUUUUCAUAAAUUCACCAUAAAUCGAAAUAUUGUGCUAGAGACUUCCAAUUUGUUACAAAAUGAAGGUAAAUGAUUGAAUAUUACUAAAAUAUAAGAGUUUUAGCUUACAAUUGCGUUUUUCGACCAUUUCGGUAGUCAAAAUUGACAGAAGGUUGAAAAUUUGUCACUUAUCAUUGUUUAUAUGAAAAUAUUUCAAAACUGACAAAAGCUACAACCAUGGGUUGAUUUUAGUUGUAUUGUGCAUGAAAUUGCGCACAUUUCCAUAUAUAAAACUUAAUGUAACGGCUAAUUUUAAAAUGGUGCAAACAUUUUUUUCGGAAGAGUUACCGCGCGGACGUAAAGAAAAAGUUUUUUCAUAAAUUCACCAUAAAUUGAAAUAUUGUGCUAGAGACUUCCAAUUUGUUGCAAAAUUAAGGUAAAUAGUUGAAUAUUACUACAAUAUAAGCGUUUUAGCUUACAAUUGCGUUUUCGACCAUUUCGGUUGAGUCAAAGUUGACCGAAGGUUGAAAUUUUGGCACUUAUCGUUAUUUAUAUGAAAAUAUUUCAAAACUGAUAAAAGUUACAAUCAUGAGUAUUUUAUUGUUGUAUUCUAAAUGAAAUUGCACACAUUUUCAUAUAUAAUACUUCAUGUAACGGAUAAUUCAAAACGGUGCAAAAAUUAUGUCAAAGUGACGAAUUAAUUUUUGAGAUGUGUCACAGAUACUUUUUAGUGCGAUAAGAAAGAAAUUCGCACUUGCGCGCCUGCGUAACGAUUGUAAACAAAACAACGCCUUGAUCUGUGAACUCCCAGCAUCCCCCAAGGCGCGUGAUUCAAAAGUUUUCGGCUGGUAGGCCUAUAAGUAUUUUUCUGCAAAUUUUUAAAAAAACUUUUUUGAGCCGAUGUAUGGUACGUCCAUUCGGAAAUCGGGGGAGAUUUUGACUCGACGUUCAAUACGUCCAUUCGGCGUUUAAGGGUUAACAUUGUUAAAAUGAGGGUAAAAGAGUUUUAGAAUGAGUGUAAAAUUUAAAUGUGAAGAUUGAAUCGGAUAUCCAAACUUGUGAUUAUUAUUUCAAAUUUUCCCAUGUGUGUAUCUGUUUUCAUGUGAACAAUGUUUAAUUCUUUACAAGUUUGGAUUUGGUAAAAUUUCAUACAUACAUAUAUCCAUUUUUGUGUUAUAUGUUUUUGCAUUCACAAUUUGUUUGAUUUCCUUAGGUGUUUCUUAGUGAUUUAAGAUUUCAUACUUGAUUUAAUUAAAGAUUUGUGAAUUAAUUUGCAUUUACUUAAAUUUCUUUUCAGUUCUUAAUUAUUCUUUACAGUUUGAAUUUUACUUGAUCAAUUGAAUCAUUUUUUGUAUUGAAUUUAAAAAUAACUUUUUGUAUUAAAAAUUUGUAUAACA